GACGUUGCAGAUGAUACCAUGGAAACCACUGAGCCACAGCAGAGCAGUUAACUCCUCUUGUCACAGGAGUGACUGCUGCUCGGUGUAGAAGGGAGAUCAACUCGACUGCAGUUCUUGUUGGGAAAAAUAUCUUUCCACUCGUGACGCGCGGUUUCCCGUGUUUUUAUUUUUGGUGUCUUUUAGCUGGAUUAAUGGGUUAAUUCCGCUGACUGUUACACGACCGCUUUCAAAUAUCUUACGUUGAAGAAGAUGUUGGAGUCAAUUAAAGUUACAGAACAACUUCAAUGGCCAGAGGUGGAUUUGUCUAAAAAGUCAAUCUUCAACUCUGUUGGCAGAGUGGUGAGUCCAAACCAGGUGUGCUUUGCAACAUUUCCUUCCCCUGUUCUUGAGGACCUCCUGCUGCAAGCCAAAGAGGAGGAGAAGAAGCAGAAGGCAAAGGAGUCCCAGUGCAAGAGACCGAAGUCUUCGAUGAAAGGUGGGCUGGCGCUUAGCAAAAGAAACUGCGUGAUUCUGGCUCAGAAACAGACCCAUAGUCCAGAUGGGGAUGAGAAGCCCGUCCAGACAAACUGUGUCCACUCAUACAGGAACUGCAAUCUUCUGAAGCCAACUCUGAGCCUAACAGUAGCGGGCAGCAAGAUGGAACUGACCCCCCGCACAGUUUCACUGCUAAGAAAAAACCCCAGUCUUAACGCCUACCGUUCUGUGCUCUCAUCCCCCUACAAUGCAGCCGCCUCUCGGGAGGUGGAAAACACCAAGAAGCUCUGCAUCUUUACUGCCAUCAAGCCAUGCAAUGUUGACAGAGAGAAGGACAAGUUCUUCAAGUCUGAUUUCAGCUACAACCCCCAGUUUGAAUACAGCAGUCCUGCCUCUGCAGGUUUCCUGGCGCGCCAUAACCACGCCUCUGAUCAGUUCCUAGCUCAGGCAGUGAACAUCAUGGAGCUGGCCUUGAAGAGAUAUGGCAACUAUGAGAUGUUUGAGCAAGUCACCGGUGGGGACCUGCUUCCCAGGAGUCGGAUCUGGAUCAGCGUGAAGAGAUACAUGGAGAAGGAAGGUUGUGUGGGUGAGAUUGUCGUCCAGGUGACAGAUGACUUACUGUCCAGAGCCUCGAUGACGAUGGUGAACGGUCAGCCCACUAUGACCAUCAAUACGUCCAGCGCACGGGAGUACUGGCUGGAGGGCAUGCUGAGGCAUGAGAUCGGCACACAUUACUUCCGAGGUCUCAACAACUGCCAGCAGCCGUGGGGCAGCAGCACGGGGAGGAGAAAGCACAACCUGAAGCCUCUGAACCCAACAGAGGAGGGCCUGGCCAGCAUCCACAGCGUUCUGUUUAGGAAGGACCCCACUCUGUGGCGCGCUGCGCUGCUCUAUUAUACCGUCUAUCAGGCCAGGCACACGUCCUUCACUCAGCUCUUCCGCAACCUGGGACGUUUUGUUCAAGACCCACACACACGCUGGGAUUACUGCGUCCGUGCAAAGAGAGGCCAGACCAACACAGCCCUGCCAGGAUGUUUCAGUAAGGACCAGGUUUAUCUGGAGGGCAUACUGCAGAUCCUGAGAUACAGAGACAAGAUCAACUUCCCAAUGCUGAUGGCUCUGGGAAAGGUGUCAUUUGAAGACGUGGAUCGUCUGACACCUCUGGCUCAGAUGGAUAAGGUCCGCAUCCCACAUUUCAUGCAAGACCAGGAGAAAUAUGCUGAGCAGCUGACAAAGAUUAUGGUGGUCAAUCAGCUGACAGAUGAAGAGCUGAAGACCCUCAUCUAAGCCAGUCCUUCUCCUCUUCCUCAUCGUCCUCCUCAGUCCCCCAAUAAAAGCUGCUGUGCUCAGCUCCUGUCUGCAUGCAUCACAUCACUGCAUGCCUGGUAACACAGCUGUGAAUUGUGCAGUGCUGUGGUGUUAAAUUCUAAUACUGAUCAGUCAGUUAUUAUUAAUGCUAGAACAAGAUGAUGAGCUCUAUCUUUCUGGUUUUAUUCAGAACCCGAGGAGCAGUGCUCUGGAUCAGCUGCAGCUGGAGGAUUUAUUUUUUAGUGAGAACUUUGAAGACACUGUUGCAGUAAUCAAUGCGACUAAAGAUAAACACAUCAUGGAUGUGUUUCUCUAGAUCUUGCUGGGACAUUAAUCCUCUAAUCCUGGAAAUGUUCUACGGGUGAUAGAAGGCUGACUUUGUAACUGUCUUUCUGUGUCUGAAGGUUCAGCUCAGAGUUCAUCACUACACUCAGAUUUCAGUCUGAGCUCUAGUUUCUAACUAUAAAACUGAAGCUGAGUGUUGUCUCUAUCAUUCCUCUUUAAGUCCAAAGAAAACUUCAGUUUCGUUUCUGUUCAACAUGGCACAUCCACACAUCUAUCUGUUUUAAUUAUCUGACCAGUGAUUGGACAGUUCAGAGUCACCUGUAUAUCAUCUGAGAGCUGUGUAUCAUCUGCAUAGUAAUGACAAUUUGCACCACAGCAUGCUUUUCUCCUUCUUUAUGCAAAAAAACUACAUUUAUGAUCUUCCUUUUAUCUUUAAUUUUAUGCUCACUGAAAUGUCUGUACUUGUGAGUCCAUGAAACCUAAUUUAAGUUGAAUUGUUAAAUUGGAUUCUUCAUUGUGCUCACAAUCCUGGCCUGAUGGAGUCAUAAAGUUUCCCUCAAAGUUAGUGAUC